AUGGGCGAACGGAGUACUAGAGUGGCCAGAGUGGUACUGGCAAUAAUCUUCGUCGGCAGCUGCAUUUUGGAUCUCGUGAUCCUUGUCGAUGGCUAUAAGCUAGAGCAGAGUCCAUCGCUUGUGAAACGCCAGAGGACAUUGUCCUGUCGCACAAACUGUGCCGUUUGUGGUUGUGUAGGGGAUUAUUUACCGGAAUCCAACCAGUGUGUUUGCAGUUGUGAUGAUACCAAUGAUAGUGAGCUAGGUUCAUUAUGCAUCAAAAAGCAAAUGACUCCCGGCGACUACAACAUAACAAUCAAACAUGAAGAACCAGAGCCACCAAAUCUUAGUGAAAAAGUUCACACUCGUGUUCGAAGACAAACGCUAAUGCAACGCUGCGCUCAAAUCAGACAACAAAUGCGAGCAAACAGACGAGCUCGUAGACAGCGACGACGGCAAUUCUUUCGAAAUCUGUUUUCACCAACAACUGCCGCUACAACAACAACGACUGCAGUUACGACAACUACGCCCGAGACCACAAGCACUACCGCAGAAACAACUUCUACUACUGAAGCAACAACGGCAGGAGAUACCACUACCACUGAAGAGACAACAAGCACCACUGAGCAAACAACUUCUACUACUGAGGUGACGACUUCUACCACUGCAGAAACAACUUCCACCACAGAAGAGACAACCUCUACCACCGAAGAGACGACUUCCACUACUGAAGAAACAACUUCUACAACGGAAGAAACUACUUCUACUACUGAAGAGACGACUUCUACCACGGAAGAGACAACUUCCACCACCGAAGAGACGACUUCCACCACAGAAGAGACAACCUCUACCACUGAAGAGACAACCUCCACUACUGAAGAGACGACUUCCACUACGGAACAGACGACGUCCACUACUGAAGAAACAACUUCUACUACUGAGGAGACAACUUCUACCACCGAAGAAACGACUUCUACUACUGAAGAAACGACUUCCACUACGGAAGAGACAACGUCCACUACUGAAGAAACAACUUCUACAACUGAAGAGACAACUUCUACUACUGAAGAGACAACUUCCACUACGGAAGAGACAACAUCCACAACUGAAGAGACAACUUCCACUACGGAAGAAACAACUUCUACUACUGAAGAAACUACUUCUACAACGGAAGAAACAACUUCUACAACGGAAGAAACUACUUCUACUACUGAAGAGACGACUUCUACUACGGAAGAGACAACUUCCUCCACCGAAGAGACGACUUCCACAACUGAAGAGACAACUUCUACUACUGAAGAGACAACUUCCACUACGGAAGAGACAACAUCCACAACUGAAGAGACAACUUCCACUACGGAAGAAACAACUUCUACUACUGAAGAAACUACUUCUACAACUGAAGAAACAACUUCUACAACUGAAGAAACAACUUCUACUACUGAGGAAACAACUUCUACCACCGAAGAGACGACUUCCACUACAGAAGAGACAACUUCCACUACUGAAGAAACAACUUCUACAACGGAGGAAACAACUUCUACAACUGAAGAAACAACUUCUACUACUGAGGAAACAACUUCUACCACCGAAGAGACGACUUCCACUACAGAAGAGACGACUUCUACGACUGAAGCAACAACUUCCACUACGGAAGAGACAACUUCCACAAUUGAAGAGACAACUUCCACUACGGAAGAAACAACUUCCACUACUGAAGAAACAACUUCUACUACGGAAGAAACAACUUCCACAACUGAAGAAACAACUUCCACAACUGAAGAGUCAACUUCUACUACUGAAGAAACGACUUCUACUACGGAGGAGACAACGUCUACUUCUGAAGAAACAACUUCUACUACGGAAGAGUCAACUUCUACUACUGAAGAAACGACCUCUACUACUGAAGAAACAACUUCCACUACGGAGGAGACAACUUCUACUACUGAAGAAACCACCUCUACUACUGAAGAGACUACUUCCACCACCGAAGAGACGACUUCCACAACUGAAGAGACAACUUCUACUACUGAAGAGACAACUUCUACUACUGAAGAGACAACUUCCACCACUGAAGAAACGACUUCCACUACAGAAGAGACAACUUCCACGACUGAAGAAACGACUUCCACAACUGAAGAGACAACUUCUACUACUGAAGAGACAACUUCCACCACCGAAGAGACGACUUCCACCACAGAAGAGACAACUUCUACGACUGAAGAAACAACUUCCACUACGGAAGAAACAACUUCCACUACUGAAGAGACCACUUCUACCACUGAAGAGACAACUUCUACAGCUGAAGAAACCACUUCUACAACUGAAGGAACGACUUCUGGCCAAGAAACGAGUUCUACUACCGAAGAGACUUCUACAACUGAAGAGACAACUUCCACGACUGAAGAAACGACUUCCACAACUGAAGAGACAACUUCUACUACUGAAGAGACAACUUCCACCACCGAAGAGACGACUUCCACCACAGAAGAGACAACUUCUACGACUGAAGAAACAACUUCCACUACGGAAGAAACAACUUCCACUACUGAAGAGACUACUUCUACCUCUGCUUGCCCUAUUUGCCCGAUUUCUACCACCGAAGGCUCGACUUCCACUACGGAAGAGUCGACUUCCACUACAGAAGAGACAACUUCCACAACUGAAGAAACGACUUCUACUACUGAAGAAACGACAUCAACUACUGAAGAAACGACUUCUACUACUGAAGAGACGACUUCUACCACGGAAGAGACAACUUCCACCACCGAAGAGACGACUUCCACCACCGAAGAGACGACUUCCACUACAGAAGAGACAACUUCCACAACUGAAGAAACGACUUCUACUACGGAAGAAACAACCUCUACUACCGAAGAGACUACUUCCACAACUGAAGAGACGACUUCUACUACGGAAGAAACGACAUCUACUACUGAAGAGACGACUUCUACUACGGAAGAGACAACGUCCACAACUGAAGAGACAACUUCCACUACUGAAGAAACAACCUCUACUACUGAAGAGACUACUUCCACAACUGAAGAGACGACUUCUACUACAGAAGAAACGACAUCUACUACUGAAGAAACAACCUCUACUACUGAAGAAACAAUUUCCACUACUGAAGAGACAACUUCGACUACUGAAGAAACCACCUCUACUACUGAAGAGACUACUUCCACAACUGAAGAGACGACUUCUACUACAGAAGAAACGACAUCUACUACUGAAGAAACAACCUCUACUACUGAAGAAACAACUUCCACUACUGAAGAGACAACUUCUACUACUGAAGAAACCACAUCUACUACUGAAGAGACUACUUCCACAACAGAAGAGACGACUUCUACUACAGAAGAAACGACAUCUACUACUGAAGAGACGACUUCUACUACUGAAGAAACAACCUCUACUACUGAAGAAACAACUUCCACUACUGAAGAGACAACUUCUACUACUGAAGAAACCACCUCUACUACUGAAGAGACUACUUCCACAACUGAAGAGACGACUUCUACUACAGAAGAAACGACAUCUACUACUGAAGAAACAACCUCUACUACUGAAGAAACAACUUCCACUACUGAAGAGACAACUUCUACUACUGAAGAAACCACGUCUACUACUGAAGAGACUACUUCCACAACAGAAGAGACGACUUCUACUACAGAAGAAACGACAUCUACUACUGAAGAGACGACUUCUACUACUGAAGAAACAACCUCUACUACUGAAGAAACAACUUCCACUACUGAAGAGACAACUUCUACUACUGAAGAAACCACGUCUACUACUGAAGAGACUACUUCCACAACUGAAGAGACGACUUCUACUACAGAAGAAACGACAUCUACUACUGAAGAGACGACUUCUACUACUGAAGAAACAACCUCUACUACUGAAGAAACAACUUCCACUACUGAAGAGACGACUUCUACUACUGAAGAGACGACUUCUACCACGGAAGAGACAACUUCCACCACCGAAGAGACGACUUCCACUACUGAAGAGACAGGUUCUACUACGGAAGAAACAACCUCUACUACCGAAGAGACUACUUCCACAACUGAAGAGACGACUUCUACUACGGAAGAAACAACCUCUACUACCGAAGAAACUACUUCCACAACUGAAGAGACGACUUCUACUACGGAAGAAACGACAUCUACUACUGAAGAGACGACUUCUACUACGGAAGAGACAACAUCCACAACUGAAGAGACAACUUCCACUACUGAAGAAACAACCUCUACUACUGAAGAAACCACCUCUACUACUGAAGAGACUACUUCCACAACUGAAGAGACGACUUCUACUACAGAAGAAACGACAUCUACUACUGAAGAGACGACUUCUACUACGGAAGAGACAACGUCUACAACUGAAGAGACAACUUCCACUACUGAAGAAACAACCUCUACUACUGAAGAAACCACCUCUACUACUGAAGAGACUACUUCCACAACUGAAGAGACGACUUCUACUACAGAAGAAACUACAUCUACUACUGAAGAGACGACUUCUACUACUGAAGAAACAACCUCUACUACUGAAGAAACAACUUCCACUACUGAAGAGACAACUUCUACUACUGAAGAAACCACGUCUACUACCGAAGAGACUACUUCCACAACAGAAGAGACCACUUCUACUACAGAAGAAACGACAUCUACUACUGAAGAGACGACUUCUACUACUGAAGAAACAACCUCUACUACUGAAGAAACAACUUCCACUACUGAAGAGACAACUUCUACUACUGAAGAAACCACCUCUACUACUGAAGAGACUACUUCCACAACUGAAGAGACGACUUCUACUACAGAAGAAACGACAUCUACUACUGAAGAGACGACUUCUACUACGGAAGAGACAACGUCUACAACUGAAGAGACAACUUCCACUACUGAAGAAACAACCUCUACUACUGAAGAAACCACCUCUACUACUGAAGAGACUACUUCCACAACUGAAGAGACGACUUCUACUACAGAAGAAACUACAUCUACUACUGAAGAGACGACUUCUACUACUGAAGAAACAACCUCUACUACUGAAGAAACAACUUCCACUACUGAAGAGACAACUUCUACUACUGAAGAAACCACGUCUACUACUGAAGAGACUACUUCCACAACUGAAGAGACGACUUCUACUACGGAAGAAACGACAUCUACUACUGAAGAGACGACUUCUACUACGGAGGAGACAACGUCCACUACUGAAGAGACAACUUCCACUACUUAA